UACAGCCGUUCAUGAAGCAACAAACUUCACGCCGUUUCAACUGGUAUUCGGAAGAUUAGCCCGUUGUCCCACCUCACUUCCUUCUGAAGAUGAACUACAAACAUACAAUUCCUAUUUACAGAAUCUAAUAACUCGGUUGUCUGAAAUGCAGACGAUAGCAGGGAAAAACUUAAUAGAGAGUAAAAGUAAAUCGAAAUAUUAUUACGAUCAAAAAUCGAACCCAUUCAGAGGCAAAAUAGGGGACAUGGCACGCGUCCUAGUUGAACCAAAGAAAGGAAAAUUCGGUGCGCGUUAUCAUGGACCAUAUAAAAUUGUCGGAAUUUUAGAUAAAAAUAAUGUUGUAUUGGAAGAUAGCAACAAAAGAUGGUUUACUAAACACGCUGAUAAACUACAACUAACAGCGUGUCGGGAUCCCUAAAAGGAACAACACACAUUAAAUUAGAGACAUUAUUAGUUACAUCAAUACAGUAAAUCGACUCACCCAAUAUAGUACUCACUUUACAGCAAAUUGAAUGUCCAUACUAGAACAGAACUGUGCAAUGAGGGGUCACCUGCGACAUUCGUGACAAGCAAACCGCAACAAGAAUAUAUUAUCAUUUGUAAUCUAAACCAUUUUUCUUAGUAAGAUUUCCCAAUGGUCACAAUAAUUGAAUAUAGGAUUGUUUUAAAAAUUACACAAUUUUUCAUUGUUAUAUAUAUAUAAGAGUAUUAGCAAGGUCAUGGCAUCCACCAGUCGAAGCCAGGAGCAUCAGGGAAGAAGAAUCUUUGUGACGAGGCUUUCCCCCCACACCAAGAAGCAGCACCUGCUGAAACUGUUUGGACCUCACGGGGCCCAACACGUGAUGAUCCGCCAAAGGUCGACGGGAAAUCAGGCCUACGUAACAUUCGGGAGCAACCAGGCAGUCAUCCAGGUGUUGGCGUUAGCAAACCAAACACCUUUUGUCUGCAAAAAUAGGAAGCUACGCCUGCUACCGGCUGACAGCUGGAACGACACCGUAGCCGAACCAGGACCGAGUAGGCCAAGGCCCAUUGGAGAGGAACCCAAUCCUUUUCCAGGCCUCCACUGGACCUCUCCGGCGGAGCGGCUCCCUGAGGAGUGCUUAGCCCUGAUCGUAAGCUACCUCACGUUCAGGGACAGAGCGCGACUGGAGAUCGUGUCGCAACGCUGGCGCCUGAGCAGUAUCGCAUCGUGCCGGGACAUUAAAUGCCUCAGCACAGGAGACUGGAGAUGGGGGGAAUGGAGCCCCAUAAUCACCAGCGAGGCGUUUCGCUGGAUCAUUCUCCGAGCCGGGCCCUUCUGCAGGAGCUUGACCGUGAGGGACGAGGACGCAGCAGCGGAGUUGAGGUCCUCCGUUACCGCCAUUUCGACGAAACACUGUAAAUAUCUGGAGCGCCUGGAUAUCACAGGAGUGACAAUCCGCCCGUCGGUGUUCCGAGAACUAUCGGAAGGAGUGUCAUCCCUGACGGCUCUCCUGGUUGGACAAUGUCAUGGACCGGUGGACCCAGGCUUGGGUGAGGUUCUGGAAAAAAAUAGGAACCUGCGGGAAUUGUCCCUGGAAGCAAACGGCGUGACAGGGAAGGCACUUUUGUUGACAACUGGCGAACUAAAGAACAUCCGCGUAACUAGGUGCAGGAAACUAAUGCCUUCCAUAUUUUCAGAUUUCAUGUCAAAACAAAGACAUCUUGAGCACAUCGAGAUGAGCCACUGCUCAACCACCGUGGUGACCGAGGCGCUGUCAGCAGCAGUGAAGAACACAUCACUCCACACAACACUACACACAGUGCGGAUCCAUGCGUGUUUCGACGUCCUGCCGAGCAACAAGGAGUCGGACGAGGACCACGAGAUGGGAGAACCGGAGGUGGGUGACUUCCUGGAGAUGGAGGUGGUCGACGUAGAUCUGGGAGAAGGAAUUUCCUUCCCUCAGGCCUUCCAGACCAUGACCGACUUGAAGAUCACCUUCUGCGGUUGGGUGAACGCCGGGUUUGUUAGGGACAUUGGGCGCUACAUGAGGGGCCUGAUGCACCUCGACAUUUCGGGGAAUAGCAAUGUCCGCGGGCAGUUCGCAUUAGAACCCCUUGAAGGACUGGAGCACUGUCAUACCCUAGCUAUGACGAAUUUGUUCCCGGAUGUGGGGGGCCUAUUUUUGAGAACUCUGCCACGUCUGCAACAUCUCGACGCCCGUGAUAGCUGGGGUGUGACGGAUGAAGAUAUAUGCGGAUUGCUCGGGGCUUGCACCACGUUGCGGUACCUGAAUGUCGAGGGGUGCAGGCAACUCACUAGAGCCGUCGUCGACUGCGCGUAUCGCUCUAUUCCGUCACGUGAGACGACUCUGACCCUGUUGCUCGGCGAGACUAGAGCCGUACGGUUCCGCCGAGACAGACGUAAUAUGUACUUGACGAUACACUACGACAGACAGACACCUAGACGAACAUAAAAGAGUCAUACAUUUUACACAUAAUUGCAACGAUGAUUUUAAGGGGGGAGGAAUAUUCAACAUUUGAGAUUUUUGUUUUCUUGAUUUCGUCAGCAGGAAUGUGUUCGAGAUGGUUUACCAUCCCGAAUUCGUUCUAAUCGAACACAAACCUAGCCUUUGACGGUAGCUUGUAGAAUCAAACAUGAAUAGAAAAACACAUUCCUUCCUUGAAACCAACGUCGUUAUACCACUCUCGUUGUACAUACUCUUUUUACACAUCUUUCAUUUAUAACACUACUGACAUCGUCGGGGACGACGAUGAUUUUAAGGGGGGAGGGAUGUUACGUGCCGAUAUUUUCAUUUUCAUUUUUCUUGAUUUCGUCGGCAGGAAUGUGUUCGAGAUGGUUUACCAUCCCGAAUUCGUUCUAAUCGAACACAAACCUAGCCUUUGACGGUAGUUCAUUAAAUUCAUUUUUGAAUAAAGUUACACAUUCCUUCCUUGAAAUCAACGUCGUCACGCCAUUUUCACCCUGCUGGCAGUGCCGCACCUUGUAUAAAGUUUUGUAAAUAUGUUCAAUUUGUUAAUAUUUUAAUAGGUUUAGUAUUGUAACGAAUGAAAGGCGUUAAAUCAUGUAAUGUAACAGUGGCGUAUACAUGUAUAAUUGUUGGAAAGAUAAGCACACCGAAUAUUACCAUCGCGUUCAAAUAUCACGGUUACAGAUAUCAUUGGAAGAAGGACAUGUAAAUAUCGCGCAUUUAGGUUAAACCUUUAUUUUGCUAUUUCUUCUUCAUGUACGCUCCGAAUACCGAAGCCGUAACUCGAAUAGCAGCGCGAUUCGUCCGCGCGCACGUUGUCGCUAGGACGAAUCGAGCGGUUUGGUGGGCGCGAGGCGCGAGACGCGGUACAACUCGUAAACACCAAAUUCUUGCGUGUACCGAGUCGCGAAAUCUCGAAGACUUUUUCUAUAAACUGACGACGAUCACGUGGUUCUAAGAUCCUUUGUCUCCAAAGCUUCUAGAACGUUCCACCGAGUUUACGUGGUCGAAUAGUUUAGAGCAGAGUUACCGUAUUAAAGUAAAUUCAUUUUGUGAAAAGUGGGUGAUAGGCAAGGACUCUUAUUCCUCGUUAAAAUAAUUUUAUUUUAAUUUAUUUAAAGCAUUUUAGAUUUAAAUUUUCUUUUUCCUUUUUGUAAAUAGUAAUUUCGCUUUUGAUUACGUAAAUUAUAAUUCUUUCACGUGUGUGUGCUUUCCUUCAACCACAGGGCGAUUCGAACAACGCACAUAAUCGAGACCAGCGUUUCUCUCGACUUAUAUUGUAAAGAAAUUUAGUGGUGAGUUGAUUUUCUUCCAAGCAAUAUUUUUGUAUAAAUGAUUAUGAAUUUAUUUUGUUGUGAUCACUCGGAAUAUCAAUAAAUGAUAUUUCAUUUCCGGGGAAUCCCUAAUUGAUGUUCUCGGGUGGUAUUUCCAUUGAUAUUUUAUAAAAUAUUAUUCCGACAAUUUUAUUGUAUUCUUUAUCAUAUGAAACUACAAUUCCUGGUUUCUGGAAUAUCAAUAAAUGAUAUAUUUCAUUUCCGGGGUAACCCUAUCUGAUAUUCUAGGAACAAAUAUAUAUAUAUAUAUAUAUAUAUAUAUUUUUUUUUAUUGCUAUUCUUUAUUAAAUGCGUAACUGAAUUUUUGACGAUUUCAUAUGUGUAUUUUCUGUAUGAGUUUAUAAGGAAAGAAAGUGUGUAUUAAAUCUUGUCGACCAAACGUACAUUUGAGCCAAAUCACAUAACUCAUUGUAUUAUCAAAAUCAAUACCACGAAAAUAUUAAUUGAAUAAAUAUUACAGUGGCAUGUUAACAGUAGAACAUUCUUAUAGUUGAAUUAACCGCUCGCAUCCAUUUGAAAUCCCAAAUCUUAAAUAAAAAAAAAGGACAUAGAAAUUCACAUAUGAGCCAGGGCCCGUACGGGACUGCUGUGACAAAGACCUGACCUUGCCGAUAGGCAAGUAAAAUAUACAUAAUAAUAAUAUUUAAAAAUUAUUUAAGCUGUGACGCAGGAAUCUGUGUUCCACGUCACAUUGCAAACGAGAUACAAUUUCCUGCAGAAGCUUGGUAAAAAAUAUUUUAUAUCCUCCUCAACUUAAAAGUGUACUGUUGCAUGGGGUAAGGACAACGAAAAAUUAGCACGACAAGAAUUGGAGGAGCUAUUGAGAAUUCAAAUCAAUGAAUGUGGGCUGUUAAUUGAUGCUGAAUUCUCAUACUUUGGCGCGACGCCUGAUGCCACUGUUGGCGACGAUAUUAUCGUUGAAAUCUAAUGGCCUUACGCGGCGCGUAAAAUGUCUCCUAACGAAGCAAUAGAUAAAAACGUUGCAGGUCUUAACCGCGUAUUUGCUAAAAAUGAUGACAGUAAUAUGAAUAAAAACCACGCGUACUAUUUCCAAGUUCAAGGGCAACUGCACAUUACGCAAAGAAAGUAUUGUAUUCUUGCAAUGUGGAUGCCUGUUGGAAUAAAGUAUGUGAUUGUUGAGCGCGAUGAUACAUUUUGGAAAGACAAAAUGUUACCAUCGUUACAGCGAUUCUACGAGGACUGCUUGGUUCCCGAAAUAAUAGAUAGUAGAGUUGUUAGAAGCAUG